ACAUACUCACAUUAGGCAUCCAAAUUUGGCCUAGGACUGAACGGCAAGUACGUGCUGCCGUAUUAAAACGUUCAAGGACUUAUCAAGAGAACCUCAAAAAGAGGGAGACAGAGAGACAGAGAAACAAGGCACUCAGAGACGAGGAAGAACAAUCGAAGUGUAGGUAGAAAUGGUUUCUGAAUUGAUAAAUGCGAACCCAAUCGUGUACGAGAAGAAAGAGCGUCGAGCUCGAAGCGCGCCGAGUGAUUACGCGGAUGAGUACGCCGUGGAACCCAUUGACCAACAAGAAGUUUUUGAUCAUAUAAGAGAUAUAAAAGACCCCGAGCACCCAUACUCUUUGGAGGAGCUAAAAGUUAUAACAGAAGAUGCAAUCGAAGUAGAUGACAGGCAAAGUUAUGUUAGGGUUACAUUUACUCCCACAGUUGAACAUUGUAGUAUGGCAACUGUUAUUGGGCUUUGCUUGCGAGUGAAACUUUUGAGGAGCUUGCCCUCUCGUUACAAGGUUGAUAUAAGGGUAGCCCCUGGGUCUCAUGCAUCUGAAGCUGCAGUUAACAAACAACUGAAUGACAAAGAACGGGUGGCAGCAGCACUGGAGAACCCAAAUCUCUUGGAUAUGGUUGAUGAAUGCUUGGCUCCAUCUUUUGGAUGAACUAUGCUGUACUUGUACGUCCAUGCAAAGCAGUUAGAUGAAUAGUCUGUUGGAGCCUUUCCUGGAAUCAGCUCCUGUCCAUGACUAUUAUACGAUUUUCUUUCCCCCUCUCAUACGUGCAUUUUUGGUUAUUUCUGUUAUGUAAUCUGAGAUAGAAUAAUUUCAAUGUCCAAUGAUUUUUUACUAA